AUGGGCUCAAAUAGAUCCGCAAAUAUUUCUAACGGAUUCAAAAAAGGUGGCAUUUGGCCUUUUAAUCCCGCUGCAGUUGAGGAAACAAAAUUCAAUGCUCUGAAGUUGAGCCGCUGGAAUGAGCACAUAAGAACUAAUAAUCCUGCUUUGUCUGAUAAUGACCUACCAGUCAAUGAUGUGAUCCAGAGAACAGAACCGCAUACAUUGCUUUUCAUAGCUUUGAAUGUUUUCAAUCAGAACUUUAUAGCGACAGAUAACCCAGAUAACAGACGAAUGAACCGUACUUUUCAAUAA